CCAACAAACAUUGUGAAAACCUCACCACCUCUAAACCCUUUUACUCAGCUUCUUCAUACAACCAAAACAAGAAAAUGGUGUUCUUCUGUUUCCUGGUUGAUCAAACAAGGAAGGUAAGGCAGAGCAAGCCGGCGGCCGGAAUAUGCUCCCGGUGCGGCGGCGGAGCUAGCGUGGCGGACAUGAAGACUGCCACCAGGUUCUGCUAUGUGCCCUUCUACUGGAAGAACUGGAGGGCUAUUAUCUGCACUUUCUGUGGUGCCAUUUUGAGGUCAUAUCGGUAACUUCAUUAGUGGAGGGGAAGGGCAGAAGUGGGUUUUUAUUUUUUCCCCCCUCUUUUUUCUUAAUUCUUUAUUUUUUAUUUUGGCUUUUAUUAGUGAGAUUAUUAAUAUUAACUUUAGGUUAUUUUGUAUUAGGGGAGUAAUAAGGAGAUUUUCGAUGUUGUACUAACUUCAUUUGUAGGUGCAUGUAUAAAGUUGAAGAA